AUGAAUAGUUCGGAUGAAGAAGAUUCUGAUAACUUUAGUCUACACUCAUCUUCGAUCGAAGGUUCUAUAUCUGAUUUUUUAUUGGAAAUGGAAGAACACCGAGAGGAAGAACAACCUUUUACAAUUGAAAAACAAGUAGGAGACUGGGCAAUAGUCAAAUUCUGUUCAAAAGAGACAUUUCACGGAAAAACAAUCUUUAGUUUUGUAAGAAAAACCUCAGAACGUGAGGGCAAAACUAUUUUUUGCUAUCCACUUCAAGAAGACGUAUCUGUUAGUAUUAAUGCUAAUAUAGUUUCAAAUUUGCCACAACCAUUCAUUGGACGUCGAGGAGAAAUGAUAUUUUCAGUGGGCUUUGCUUCUUACAACAUUCAGUAG